AUGCGUUACCCCGCCCACGGAGCCGAGCGGGGUAAAGGGGCAUCUAAUGGACUCGGUACACUGAUCGCUACUGUUGUGGCUGUGAGCUUCGUCACUAUGUUUGUAAUGGUGAGGCAGGGGGUGGAACUGGGUGAGAUGAAGUCACAGCUGUCGCACCUGAAGGAAAUUGAAGCCCAGCUGUCGCACCUGAAGGAAACAGAAGCGCACCUGAAGCAAAUGGAAUCGCAGAUGCAGGAGAUACGACAGUGGAGAGAACACCUGGAUGUGCAGGUCAGUCCUCAAGGCCCGAACGCUCAGGAGGACGUGAGUGGAGCUGGGCGGGCCAAAAGCGCCACCUUUCUGUACGGAGCUGAAGUGCAUCGCCGAGCUAAGCGAUCUGUGCGCAACACUGAACAAUUUGCAAACAAGAUUACAUUACCGAUGACUCUUGGGGGAUGCCUGGCUGGAUCUGCUGGACUGAACGGUCCUCAGGGCCCACCCGGACCUCCCGGUCCCUCUGGUCCACCAGGCCCUCCCGGUCCGCCCGGAUCUGAUGGACAGACACCAACGAUCACCUCCCCACCAGUCCUGGAUCAUACCACCCGCCCAGAGAGGCCCACAGCGGGACCAACUGCCACAAGCAUCGCCUCCACCGAACCCAGCACCUCGGGAGAGCCGUGGGCACUCUGUGAUUUCCAGCACGGAGCCGGGGGCUGCGGUUUCACACAAGACACGAGCGACGACACGGACUGGGUCUGGGGGAGUCAGCACACCCCCACCAGUAACACUGGGCCGCUACAUGAUAACACGUUUCGCAAUACCACAGGGAAGUACAUGUACGUUGAGGCCAGUGGCGGCACCGCAGGUGACACGGCUCGGCUCAUCAGCGCACCGCUGAACAUGGAGAACAACCUCUGUCUGAACUUUAACUACCACAUGUACGGCACACAAGUCGGCACUCUCAAUGUCUACGUGAAACAGCGCGGGAACAACACCCUUGAGGAGGUCAUUUUCAGCAGGUCAGACUUCCAGGGGGACCAAUGGAAGUUCAGCGAGUUGGCACUGCCGAAAUGGGAAGGAUAUGUGCAGAUUGUUUUCGAGACCGUUCGUGGCAGCGGCGCUUACGGCGACAUUGCCAUCGAUGAUGUCGGGAUAAUAACGGAUGCCUGCGUACGCCUUGUCGGAGGGAAAACCGCUGCCGAAGGAAGGGUGGAAGUGCUUCACUACGGGGAGUGGGGAACGAUCUGUAACGACCGGUGGGGUGACGUGGACGCGCAGGUGGUGUGCCGUCAGCUGGGCUACCGUUACGCGUGGCCUGUCUCCUCCCAGCGCUCCUUCGGGCGGGGUGGAGGAGACAUCUGGAUGGACCAGGUGGCCUGUACCGGGAACGAGUCCAGACUGACCGACUGUCCACACAACGGCUGGGGGUAUCACGACUGCGCGAUCGGCGAGGACGCUGGCGUUUCUUGUUAUGACCUGUGGCCACGCUGUGAUUUCCAGCAUGGAGCUGCUAGAUGUGGCUUCACACAAGACACGACAGACGACACCAACUGGGUCUGGGGGAGUCAGCACACCCCCACCAGUAACACUGGGCCGCCCCAUGACAACACGUUUCGCAACAGCACAGGGAAGUACAUGUACGUUGAGGCCAGUGGUGGCACCCCGGGUGACACGGCUCGACUCAUCAGCGCACCGCUGAACAUGGAGAACAACCUCUGUCUGAACUUUAACUACCACAUGUACGGCACACAAGUCGGCACUCUCAAUGUCUACACGAAACAGCGCGGGAACACCACCCUUGGAGAGGCCAUUUUCAGCAGGUCAGACUUCCAGGGGGACCACUGGAAGUUCAGCGAGUUGGCACUGCCGAAACGGGAGGGAUUUUUACAGAUUGUUUUUGAGACCGUUCGUGGCAGCGGCGCUUACGGCGACAUUGCCAUCGAUGAUGUAGGAAUAAUAACGGAUGCCUGCGUACGUCUUACCGGCGGGAACACCUCUGCCGAAGGAAGGGUGGAAGUGCUUCACUACGGGGAGUGGGGAACGGUCUGUAACGACCGGUGGGGAGACGAGGAUGCGCAGGUGGUGUGCCGUCAGCUGGGCUACCGUUACGCCCGGCCUGUCUCCUCCCAGCGGUCCUUCGGGCGGGGCGGCGGCCACAUCUGGUUGGACCAGUUGGCCUGUACCGGGAACGAGUCCAGACUGGUCGACUGUCCGCACAACGGCUGGGGGGAUCACGACUGUGCGCACGACGAAGACGCCAGUGUUUCCUGUUAUGAUUUUACGGGCUGCGAUGAGUACUAUGCCUCAGGGCGGACAGCAAGUGGCAUCUACACAAUGUUUUUCUACCCUGACCGGAUCGGAACCUACUGCGACAUGGACACUGCAGGAGGCGGGUGGACUGUGAUCCAGCGGCGGCAGGACGGGUCGGUUCCCUUCAACCGGAACUGGGAGGAGUACAAACUGGGCUUUGGCGACAAAAAGGGGGAGUUUUGGCUUGGGAACGAGGUCAUCCACCUCAUGACAAACUUUAAAAACCACGAACUAAGAAUUGACAUGGAAGAUUGGCAAGGCAACAAACGAUUCGCCUUGUAUAGCACUUUUAGGCUGUCCGGUGAGGCGGACGGGUACCGGCUGCACAUUUCUGGCUAUUCUGGCAACUCGGGAGACUCCAUGACUAGCUCGCACCCCCUCAAUGGGCAGAGGUUCUCCACUAUGGACAGGGACAAUGAUGCCUGGAGUAGCCACUGUUCUCAGCGGUACGGAGGACAGGGCGGCUGGUGGUUUAGGAGCUGCAGCCAGUCCAUCCUCAACGGCCGUUACCUGGGCAACUGUGGGAGCUCCUGUUCGUAG